GCCAUCUUGUUGUUGAUCCGUACCUAGUGGGCAGCGCCGGGAGCAGGACCGAGCGGCCGGUUCGGGGCCGCUGCUGCGGGGCUCAGCCACCUCCGCUGCCUGCCAGGGGGCGGGCCGAAACCUGGAGGCCCGGGGGGCCCACCUCCCGUGGGGAGCCGUGGGCACCCGCUGCCCGGGCCCGGCCGGUGAGUGACAGGAUCUGGGCUGAAAGACCAGCCUGACGCCGCGGGGCGGGCGGCGGCGGGCUUGGGGUUGGACCUGGCGCGCGCAGGGCAGGGGCAUCGGCUGAGCAUCGCUCGAGCGUCCUGACCGUACGUCCUUGGAGCCUCCUAGAUGCUGGCGCCGAGGCCGGAGGACAGCCUCGGGGUGGAGAUCUGAGAGCCUCGCGCCCGAGGACCGGCCAGCGGGGUAGCGGGAAACUAGUUUUUCUGACCCAAGCCCUGGGCUCCGCUGACCGGCAGCAUUGAAACGUGUCCAGUGCCAGCUUGAUGCUCUCCGGGGUCUUGUGUUGUUCCGGGGUGAGAAGUACGCGUAACAUUUUCUUAGAAGUGACUUUGAAACCUCUUGGGACUGAGACUAGACGAAACAUGCAAAAGCUCCCUCGAAGCAGGCAGGCCAGUGUGAUAGCCCUGUGAUUCUGACAGGGCGAAGGCCCUCUGCCCGACCCCUGACUCCUUGGAGCUCACCGUUUACUUCUUCCUCAAGGGCCUGGUUAAAUGCCCAUGAUGACCGAAUUUUAUUUUGAGAUAAAAUUUGUUUGGCUUUGGACCACCGCUGUUUGAAGUUGGGGAAAGAAGAAUAAGCUGAACAGACUCUGACCAUUGGUUUUCAGCUCACCAGGACCUUCUACCCUGCUCUCUUUUUGUGGCUCAUGUGCUGCAUCCUCUGCCCUCAGUGUGCAACCGGCCCCCAACGCAAUGUGUGUUUGUCAAACCAUGGAGGUGGGGCAGUAUGGCAAGAACGCAAGUCGGGCGGGAGACCGGGGAGUCCUCCUGGAGCCCUUCAUCCACCAGGUGGGGGGACACAGCAGCAUGAUGCGCUACGAUGACCACACUGUGUGCAAGCCCCUCAUCUCCCGGGAGCAGCGCUUCUACGAGUCCCUCCCUCCCGAAAUGAAGGAGUUCACCCCUGAGUACAAAGGCGUGGUGUCUGUGUGUUUUGAGGGGGACAGUGAUGGUUAUAUCAACUUGGUGGCCUACCCUUAUGUGGAAAGUGAGACUGUGGAGCAGGAUGACACACCAGAGCGGGAGCAACCUCGACGCAAGCACUCCCGCAGGAGCCUGCACCGGUCAGGAAGUGGCAGUGACCACAAGGAGGAGAAAGCUAGCCUGUCUCUUGAAACCUCAGAGAGCCCCCAGGAGGCAAAGAGUCCAAAGGUGGAGCUACACAGCCACUCGGAUGUCCCUUUCCAGAUGCUGGAUGGCAACAGUGGUUUGAGUUCUGAGAAGAUCAGCCACAACCCUUGGAGCCUGCGCUGUCACAAGCAGCAGCUGAGCCGCAUGCGCUCUGAGUCCAAGGACCGAAAGCUCUACAAGUUCCUCCUGCUUGAGAAUGUGGUGCACCACUUCAAGUGCCCCUGUGUGCUGGACCUGAAGAUGGGCACCCGGCAGCACGGUGAUGAUGCAUCAGCUGAGAAGGCGGCCAGGCAGAUGCGGAAGUGUGAGCAGAGUACGUCAGCGACGCUGGGUGUCAGGGUCUGUGGCAUGCAGGUGUACCAGUUGGACACAGGGCAUUACCUCUGCAGGAACAAGUACUAUGGCCGAGGGCUCUCCAUUGAAGGCUUCCGCAGUGCCCUCUAUCAGUACCUGCACAAUGGCCUGGACCUGCGGCGUGACCUUUUUGAGCCCAUCCUGAGCAAACUUCGGGGCCUGAAAGCUGUGCUGGAGCGGCAGGCCUCCUACCGGUUCUACUCCAGUUCCCUGCUUGUCAUCUACGAUGGCAAGGAGUGCCGGUCUGAGUCCUACCUGGACCGCCGGUCUGAGAUGCGUCUCAAACACCUGGACACAGGGCUCCCUGAGGUGGCAUCACCCUGUGGCUCUAGCACCAGUCCCAGCAGCACCAGCCCGGAGGCAGGCCCCUCCUCUCCACCCAAGGUGGAUGUCCGCAUGAUCGACUUUGCACACAGCACAUUCAAGGGCUUCCGGGAUGACCCCACUGUGCACGAUGGGCCUGACCGAGGCUAUGUGUUUGGCCUGGAGAACCUCAUCAGCAUCAUGGAACAGAUGCGGGACGAGAACCAGUAGGCCCAGCUCUGGGCUCCCCAAAACCCCUUCCACUCCACCCGCAGGCAGGGACCAUUGCUCUGAACUUGCCAUGAGGACACACAGACUUGCUUUUAAAGGGUUAUAUUUCUCUUUGGUGUAAACUAAAAGAAAUGUUUUUAGCUGUAGCCUGGAAAUUCCAUAUAUAUAAAGUGAAGGAGAGCAGAACACAUCCUCUCAGCCAGGCUUCUUAGCUCUGUGGCUCUGACUGCUGUGUCCAUGCUGACUGAGGAAGGAGGAGGUGCCCCUGGUGGGCCUGGCAGCAGGGCCAGGUUGUCCUUGGACACUGGUUUCUCUUGCCUAGGUUUUUGGGGUCUGUGACUGCAGGGUCCUGCUGGUUGUGGGGUGAAGCCCUGAAAUGGCGCAGGGCCCCUCUAUGCUCACUCAUCCCUUGUUCCUCAGAAUUAGAAGGUUGGGUGCCCAUCUUUUGGGGAACUUUGUAUCUUGUGUUGCAUCACGUGGCUCUUUAGCAGAUGCCCCCAGGGCACCACAGGGCCAACAGCACACAGCUGGACACAUCCUUUUUGGUUCUGACCGUGGUAUGAGGCUAGAUUUAUGAAACUGUGCUGAAGCCAGCUAUGGCCGAGGGCAGGUCUUGGGCUCCCUGGGCAGUGUAUGGCAUUUGAACCUGCUCCUCCUCAUGCCUGCACAACCCAGUCAGCCUUUCUCACCAAGAGAUCCCUUGCCUAAGGAGGCCAUCCCCUCUUUCCCGCUGGAGGGGGCCCUGCUCUAUUUACUGAGGAGAGUCAGUGUUCCAGCAGGCCUCUGUCUCUGGUGGCUCUGGCCCAGACAGUAUUUGCAGUUCUUGUGCUGUGGAUAGGAGUCCUCUUCCUCUAGCUCGGGCAGCUGUGCUGCCUUGGAUGGGCUUCUCCUCCCAGGGUUCAAAGGCUGCUGGGUCUCCUCAGGGUCUCACCUCUCCCAGGCCAAGCUCAAGGCAGCAGCCCAUUGUGAGGAGCUCCAGGCUUGUGAGGGAGAAGUUUAAGCUUGUUUGCUUAUAGGGACAUGGUGUGGGCACUGGAUGCAAGUGUCCAGAUUCUGCUAAUGAGAGUUUUGUCUUAUCGGUACUGGGGUCCAUCAGUCUGUCCAUUUGUCCAUCUGUUAGCCCCUGUCUCUUGGGAUCUUUCCCUUGGGGUAUAGCCUUGUUCAUUAGUAAAUAUUGAUUUCCUUCACACUUCCCCUCAGCAAGAUAUUCUCAUUACCAUUUCUGAGGUGAGCUUUUGCCCCUGUGCCCUUCCUCAGCAGGUGCUACCUUUUUAUAAAAAACUGGUAGCAGAAUGAAUUGGAGGAGGUAUUUCCCUGCUGGCCCAGUACCCUCUCUGUGAGCAUUGAGUGUGGUCCCCUCAGCACUCAACAGUGACAGUGGCACAGUGAAGGCCCAAGGGGUGACCCCUUCCUUUCCCAGGGUUUUAGUAAUUUUUGAUGCCAGCCCUGAAUGGCACAGAGGCUUGCUACCUCUAAAACAUGCGGUCAGGAGGUGGCACUGCUCGCACUUAGCCAUUGCCAAGGUUAGUGCCCUAACCUCCAAGCCUAGGGCCACUGUCAUUGUCACUUGUGGCAUGUCCCUAUUUGGGCAUUAGAGGUAAGCCUGCCAGCCUGUGUCUGUAAGAAGCUUUGGUAAGUAAUGGACUAAUUUCAUGGUCCAUAGAGAUGCAGCCCCACUCAUCUUAAAUGGGCUCCUAGAUGGGAUCCCAUCUCUCUGGUGCCAUUGGUGGGCAGGUUCCCAUUUCUUGGGGCUAGGAGGGGGCAGCUUGCCUGUUUCUGAUUAGUAAUGACCAUCUUUUCUCUUGUACUAUUUUGUGGCUUCAGCCAUAGGGGCAGUAGCUCUUCAUUAGUGUGGAUAGUCAUUUCCUGGCAGGGCAGAGGCCAAGACAAAGGUUUGGGGGCCAGCUGGGACCCCCUUGUUGGAACCUCUCCAGCCUGGGGAUGUGCUGUACCUCCUGAGUUCCUAUAUUUUGGGAGCAGAUGCUGCCCCCAUUCUGCUCUUCAUCACGAGAGGCUGUACCCACUUAUAGUCAGCGUUUUCCUGGCAUUGAGCAGGGCUGGGAUCUGCUGCUUCUCCCCCAGGGCAGGGUCCCUCCUUCUUUCAGCACUUUUGAACACUUGGGAGACCCAGCCUUGUUAUCUGAUGAGUGGUGGGCAUGCGCAUCUGCACAUGCUGUUUGCCACUAUUUUGCCCUGCUCCAUGCCAGAGAGCCUUGUCCCUGCCAGGCCCUGUUUCCCCAGCCCCAACUUGGGACCAAAGUGCAAGACGGGAUCACUGGUUGGGGCGCUCAAGCGACCCCUCUGUGUAGUGCUUCCCUGGGCCAAGUCGACACCAGCCCCCUAGCGGGGUGGGAUGGGCGGUGCUUAAAAGAAAGGGGACCAGUGUAGCAACUUGCUGGGGACCCCACCCCUCUCAUGUCCGGUCCUGUGCAGUGGGCGUGGGGUUUCUCCUAAGGGGCCAAAGGCCUGAGCUAGUUAUGUAGCCACUGCUCACUUGCUCACGGCUGGCCAUGUGCACACUCCUAGGUGCAGAAUGCUUUGAACUUUAGAGCUGUUCAAUUUGGUCUUUGUGCAGAUUUAAUGUUUUAGUGGAAAAAAUUUGGGAGAAUCCUGGGAAGGUCCUGGUUCCUUUGCUUCUCCGGGAACUGUAAGGCCUGGCCUCGAGGACCACUCUCUGCUCCACUUUGCUGGAAGCUGCCUAAGCCUGUCCACGCUGCCCGAGCCCUGCACCCGGAUACUACACUUGGCUCCGGCCGUGUCCGGGCGCGGUUGCUUUUUCUUGGGACCUUGAGCGCGGGAGAGGGGGUGCUCGAGCCUUGGGCCGAGCCUGCCCCUUUCCGUACACCUAGCGCUGCCCGCCCCGCUUGUGUCUGAGGUCGUGUAUGUCAAAAUAAAGCCGCUAGAAACUGA